AUGUCUCUGGACGCCUUGAUAUCAUCCUUGAACAUUGAUGAGGUGUACGAGCCUUUGGAGAAAAAAACAGACUUUGCGUCCCGCGUAAGCUCAACGUUGAAGGCACUUGAAAAAGUACUGCCCCUACCGUGUUCUAGCAAGGGAAAAAAUAACAAUGAAUCGGUCAUGCUGAGAAAGGAAGCCGAUGCUAUAAUGUUCAAACAGAAAGGUAGAGUGUCGGCCAUGCUCGAAGCCAGAGAGGUGUACUCCAAGAGCAUCGCCGUGGCAGAACAGUACUCCAUCGCCUUGGCGCGGGCUCAUGCCAACAGGUCAUCUGCUCUGUUUCACCUGUACAAAUAUGAGGAGUGCAUCCGAGACGUGGAAAAAGCUCUGGAAGGCUGCUAUCCCGAGCACUUGAGGCCGAACCUGCUCGCCAGGAAGGCCAAGUGUCUCAAAAGGUUGGGUCAAGAAGACGUCGACGAUGUAUGCGAAGAAGCCAGAAUUCUGCUGGAAAGCUUGGACAUGAGCGACGAGGUGAAAGAGAAGCUCGAGACGAGGAUCGACAAUGUCAGCCAGAUCACCGAGAUACCCAAGCUCAAGGAGACUUCUAGAGAAUUGCCUGGCUUUGUGCCUCAUCCAUACAUUCCAUCUGCCUCAGAAGCUAUUGAUCUGACUUUUGAUGAGAACGUGGGCAGGCACUACGUUGCUGCUCGUGACAUUAAACCUGGGGAGUGUCUCGUUGUUGAAAAACCGUACGUCAUGUACUUGGAUCCAUCCAACAUUUACACCCACUGUUCGCAUUGUCUUAAAAGAAUGUGGGAUAGCAUACCUUGUGAAAACUGCAUUUAUGCUAUGUACUGUUCCGAGGAAUGCAAGAAUGAUGCGUGGGAGCAGUACCAUGAUAUUGAGUGCUUUGUGAAAGGAUACUUUAUGGCCCUGAAAGCACCUAAUUUAGAAAUGUUUUCCUUAAAAUUGACCCUCCUCGCUGUUAGAGAGUAUGGGAGUAUUGAAAACCUGAGAAGGGAAUUGGGUAGAAUAGAUGAUUGUCAAGAUUACCUUAAGAAAAGUUAUUCCGAUGAUGGAAUUUUUUAUAGUGACAAAUACAGGCCAUUGUAUACUCUUGUGACACAUGAAUGUUAUCGAAAGAAAAAGGAAAUCAUAAUGAUAACGUUGUAUUCGGCUAUUCUUUUAUUUUAUAUCGAUAAAUUUACAAAUUUAUUUGGCAAUUCAAACAAAGGGGUAACUGCUUUAUGUGAAAAUAAAGAUGCCUUAUUCUUUGCUCAACAGUAUGCUCUUAAUUAUAUGAAAAUCCAGCUAAACAAUCACGAGGUAGCUGAAAUUUAUUCACAUGAUUUUUUAAAGCUUGGUGCUGUUGUUGGCCCUGUAUCUAGCUUUAUAAGUCAUAGUUGUAAUCCAAAUGCAACUAGAUGCCCAGUUUUUAUAGAUAAUGCUGCACAUCAAGUAUUAUUUGCAUUACAACCAAUUCCAAAAGGAGCACAGGUGGUAGAUGAUUAUGGUUGUCAUUUUGCUCGUACUCCUAAAGCAGAAAGAGAUGAAAUCUUGAGUUUGUAUUAUUUCACCUGCAAUUGCGAAGCCUGUGAACAUGGGUGGUCUUUGCAAGAAAGUUUACCAUCCAUAUUUUCUUUUAUCACCGAUUCGGAGGAAAAGCUUGAAAUUGCAAGAGCACUGAUUCACUGUGAAAAGUGGAAAAAACCUGUUUAUGAAAAAAAGUUUGAAAUGUCCGAAGUAGACCCAGCAGAUAUUUUCAAAGAUCUAAUCAACAGUAUUACUAAAAUGUAUGAAAUCAAAGUUGAACCUAGUCAUCAGUACUAUAGUACACUUGAAUUAUUCAGAUAUGCUUUAAAUAAGUACUAUGGACGCAAGUUUGAAUUGUAA